GAAAGCCGAAGAAAUACUGCAGUACUGUCGGCGCCGGGCCGCCGCCAGGGCCCAACUCUCGCGAGAACUCUCCGGGCCACCCUCGCAUCUUCUCGGGCUGCACGAGUGAUUGGGAGGAAGUUCCGGAGAGCCGCUGCGCGCAAACGCGACACGCCAACCUUGCGCCAGCGCGCCGCAAGUGCGCAGGCGCCGCCGCUCGGCUGCUCUUCCUCGUCCCUCUGCCUACAUCAGGCUGUCGGGUCCUAUGUCGCGCCGGGCCCUCCGGAGGCUGAGGGGGGAACAGCGCGGCCAGGAACCCCUAGGGCCCGACGCCUUGCAGUUUGUCCUCCCGGAUGACGAUGACGCGGAGGAAGAGGGACCAAAACAAGGAUCGGGUGGCCGGCGCCCCGGGGGCGCCGGGAAGGAAGGAGUCCGUGUCAACAACCGGUUCGAGCUGAUAAACAUCGAAGAUCUUGAGGAUGACCUUGUGGUAAAUGGGGAGAGGUCUGACUGUGCCCUGCCAGACUCUGUGUCAUCAGGGAACAAAGGAAGGGCUCAGCGUGGAAACCCAGAGGCGAAGCAAGAUGAGGACGAGGCCAAGGCAGGGUUCCCAGAACAGUCUAAUGCAAGUGGCAAACUCCGAAAGAAGAAAAAGAAGCAGAAAAAUAAGAAAAGCUGCACAGGAGAAUCCUCGGAAAAUGGGCUAGAAGAUAUUGAUCGUAUCUUAGAGAGGAUCGAAGACAGCAGCGGGUUCAGCCACCCAGGCCCCCCUCCACUAAACUCCAGGAAGCACGUCCUGUAUGUGGAGCACAGGCACUUGAAUCCAGAUACGGAACUGAAAAGGUAUUUUGGUGCUCGAGCGGUCCUGGGAGAACAACGGCCUCGACAAAGACAGCGUGUAUAUCCUAAGUGUACAUGGCUGACAACCCCUAAGAGCACUUGGCCCCGAUACAGCAAACCAGGUCUGUCAAUGCGGCUGCUGGAAUCCAAGAAAGGCCUUUCUUUCUUUGCAUUUGAGCAUAACGAGGAGUACCAACAAGCACAGCACAAGUUCCUCGUGGCUGUGGAGUCCAUGGAGCCAAACAACAUUGUGGUUCUGCUCCAGACAAGUCCCUAUCAUGUCGACUCGCUUCUGCAGCUUAGUGACGCCUGCCGCUUUCAGGAGGAUCAGGAGAUGGCUCGAGACCUUAUAGAGAGAGCACUGUACAGCAUGGAGUGUGCAUUCCACCCCUUGUUCAGUCUCACCAGUGGGACUUGCAGGCUGGAUUACCGCAGACCCGAGAACAGGAGCUUCUAUCUGGCCCUCUACAAGCAGAUGAGUUUCUUGGAGAAGCGAGGAUGCCCACGUACUGCGCUGGAGUACUGCAAGCUCAUCCUGAGCCUUGAGCCGGAUGAGGACCCCCUGUGCAUGCUGCUGCUUAUUGACCACCUGGCCUUACGGGCCCGGAACUAUGAGUACCUGAUCCACCUCUUCCAGGAGUGGGAGGCUCAUCGGAACCUGUCCCAGCUCCCAAACUUUGCCUUCUCAGUUCCACUGGCAUAUUUCCUUCUGAGUCAGCAAACAGACAUACCUGAGCAUGAGCUCACCUCUGCCAGGCAACAAGCUUCGCUCCUGAUACAGCAGGCACUUACCAUGUUCCCUGGAGCUCUUAUGCCAUUGCUGGAGUAUUGCAGUGUGCGACCUGAUGCAACAGUCUCAAACCACCGCUUCUUUGGGCCAGAUGCUGAGAUAAGCCAGCCGCCCGCCCUGACUCAGCUGGUGAGUUUGUACCUUGGGAGGUCACACUUUCUUUGGAAAGAUCCCGCCACUAUGAGCUGGCUGGAGGAAAAUGUCCGUGAGGUUCUGCAAGCAGUGGAUGCUGGGGACCCUGCUGUGGAGGCCUGUGAGAACAGGCGGAAGGUGCUUUACCAGCGUGCACCCAGAAACAUCCACCGCCAUGUGAUACUCUCUGAGAUCAAGGAGGCUGUUGCUGCCCUUCCCUCGGACGUGACCACACAGUCUGUGAUGGGAUUUGAUCCUCUGCCGCCCCUGGACACCAUCUACUCGUACGUCAGACCAGAGAGGCUGAGUCCAGUCAGCCAUGGAAACACAAUUGCCCUCUUCUUCCGGUCAUUAUUGCCAAAUUACACCACAGAGCAGCUGUAAGUCCAUCCAGAUGAGGACAUGGCAUCUGGAGCUGCAGCAGCUCUUCUACAACCACGAGGCAAUGAACUCCACAGUGAAGAGCCAGUGUUCUAGGAACAGUGAAGCAGAUGAUGGCCUAGGCCUUCAGGAGCUUCCCCCUCCAGGCCUGCAUCCUGAGAGGCCGUUAAAUGAUCGGCUUCAGAAUGUUGCUCAGACUUAAUUUCCAACUGAAUCCAUUUCUAAUGGUGAUAAAUAAAAAACAGUCAUUUAUGUCAUCUGUGGAUCAUCAGGAAAAGUAACUUUAUGAGACAGAGUCUCAAUGUGUAGCCCUCAAUGGCCUAGAACUUGUUAUGUAGACCAGGCUGGCAUCAGAGAUCAGCCUGCCUCUGCCUCCCAAAUGUUAGAAUUAAAAGUGUGCACCACCACACCUAAUCUGCAUGUCAUCUAAGCAGCUUUAAAGUCUGGCCUGCCACCCAGGUGGGGUGGUACUGUAUCCCACUCCUCCCACACCUCAGUCUCAGUAAGAGGUGCCUCCUUGUGUGCUCCUGUGCAGAAUUGUUGGGUAUUUGUGCAUUUUCAUGUAGUCAGGGAGAGAACCUGUUUGCUGCCUCCCAGAGAAAGUUCAGAGGAAAUGAAUGACUUUCAAAUGAAAACAUGGUGACAUAGUCUUUUUAA